GAAUUCUGCCGGGCAAGUUGGCAUCGCACGGGAGGGACUGGUCAGCCCGUACAAUUCUCGAAAGGUGGCAGCGGGACCCUUCCGUCCCGUGGAGGCCGUGGAGAAGCUCCAUGAAGUUGAGGUGCAGGCUGCUGCCGAAGGCAAUCAGCUCGAUUCUCAGCUGCAGGAGCUUCUGUCAAGGACCAUCGUUACGGCAGAAGCCAGAGAUGGCAGACUACAGACCGCGACCUGA